AUGUCCCCACCAUUCACCAAACCUCACAUUGAGUCCAGUCCAAAGCGCAUUCGUGUGCUCUUCGCGGGUCAGUAUAUCGUGGACACCCGGCAAGCCAAGCUAGUAUGGUUGAAUCCGUACUACCCGGUCUACUGCUUCGCCACCGCGGAUGUCCCAGACAAAUACCUCGUGGACGCAAAACACCAAAAAUAUGACAUUGUCGUCGGCCACCGCAAGGCCGAAGGAGCCCUGACCAAGUAUUCUGACGGGGACCUAAAGGGACUUGUCCAGAUUGAGUUCGGCGCCAUGGACGCCUGGUUUGAGGAGGAAGACCAGAUCUUUGUCCACCCGAAGGAUCCGUACAAGCGAGUUGAUGUCCUGCAAUCUUCUCGCCAUGUGCGGGUCGAGGUGGACGGCGUUGAAGUUGCUAACACCACCAAGCCGCGUCUGCUAUUUGAGACGGAUCUUCUCGUGCGAACGUAUAUUCCCAAAACAGAUUGCAGGGCGGAUUUCUUCCGUCCAUCUGAAUUGACCACCCAGUGCCCAUACAAGGGAGUUGCGAACUAUUAUCACAUCCAGCUGCCAUCCGGCAAGGUGCACGAGAACAUCGUGUGGUGGUACCGCGCUCCUCAGUUGGAAUGUGCUGAGAUCAAGGGUUAUGCCGCUUUCUACGACGAGAAGGUGGAUGUGUGGGUCGAUGGAGUGCUGCAGCAGCAUGCGGCUUAG